AUAUAUUAAUGACUCUCCUUGAGAUUAAUGUAUGGUGCAGACAUCAACUUCUACCUGAUGAUGAUUUGGGUCCAUUAUACGACUUGCUUAUUGACGAGCCGCCACAAAUCAGGCAUGCCAUCGGAGCAUUAGUGUAUGAUCACUUGAUUGCCCAAAAGUUUAAUAGCUCCCAAUCUGGUGAAGGAAGCAACUCUUCUGAGGUCCAUCUGGGCAGAAUGUUGCAGAUACUGAGAGAAUUCUCCACUGAUCAAAUUCUAAACAAUUAUGUGAUUGAUGAUGUUUGGGAGUACAUGAAGGCCAUGAAGGACUGGAAGUGUAUUAUAUCUAUGCUUUUGGAUGAAAAUCCUUUAGUUGAGCUUACUGAUGAGGAUGGAACCAACUUAGUACGACUUCUUAGUGCAUCUGUCAAAAAGGUUGUUGGAGAGAGAAUAGUACCUGCAACUGAUACCUGCAAGCUGUAUUACAAUAAAGCUCAGAAAGAAAUAUUUGAACACAACAGAAGGGAUGUUACUGUUGCUAUAAUGAAGAACUACCCAUUGCUUUUACGCAAGUUCAUGGCUGACAAAUCGAAAAUACCAUCGCUAGUUGAAAUUAUUGUGCAUAUGAAUCUUGAGCUUUAUUCUCUGAAGAGGCAAGAACAGAAUUUUAAAAAUGUCCUCCAGCUCAUGAAAGAUGCAUUUUUCAAACAUGGUGAGAAGGAAGCAUUAAGAUCUUGUGUGAAGGCUAUUAACUUUUGUUCUACGGAGAGCCAAGGGGAGCUACAAGAUUUUGCUCGUUCUAAGUUGAUAUUGUCCAGAUGAGGCAAUUCUCCAAAAGUUUUGGAAACUUUGUGAGCAACAACUUAAUAUUUCAGAUGAGACAGAAGAUGAUGAUGUUAACAAGGAGUAUGUUGAGGACACAAACAGAUGCUGUGUUAUGGUCGCUGCUGCAAAGUUGGUUGACAGUUAGUUAAGUGGUAGCUGAUUGAUCUGUUAUGGUUUACUAUGAAUAUGUUAGUCUUACUCUUAUUUUUAGAUCAUUAUAAGUAAGUGUUGUAUUCUCUUCUGCUCUGAUUUUCUCUCUUUCAUUUCUGAACUUAAAUGUUUGUUUUGUGGAAAAAUCACUAUUGCUUAGCUUUUUCUUUUUUAAUAGGCUGAUAGGUCUGAGAUUGUUAUAGCAUGCCAGGCCAUAACACCUCAUUCCAUCCAGAUUCUUUGGUCAUUUGUAGAAACCAUGAAUUUUAGCCACUUGAUUUUAAUUGAGUAAAUUUGAGAACUAUGAGAAACUUGGUUGGAGGUAUACAACCAGUACUUUUUUGAAAUCUUGUACAUAAUCCUCCUCUCUUUCUGCAGGUAUGUUGUUAGACAGUACCUGAGGUUUCUAAGAGCUCACUGGAAGUUCGUAAAAACUGUUGUGAACAAAUUGUUUGAGUUCAUGCAUGAGACACAUCCUGGUGUUCAGAGCAACAUCAUGAGGAGGUUUGCCUUGGAAACCUGAGGAGAUUUCAAUUUAGAGAGCUUCAGAUGGCAACAAAAAACUUCAGCAGCAAGUACUUGGUUGGAUGAUGAAUUGAAGGAUGGA